UGGUUUCGCAUUGGUAUGAUUGCUGGCGUCUGGGUCAAUGAGUGUGUGUAUGUGGAGGCCGACCUGUGGCCGGUCACACAUCGGAGCGGUGGUCUCCGGCUCUUCUCUCCACAGACGCGCGUCAGCUCUUCGCAUAACUCCUAAUCCCUGUCUGCGUCCAUUCACUCUAGCACUCCGAACCCCGUUGACCUGCGUGGACCAUGGGUGGGAACCUGGGCUGCCACCGCUCCAUCCCCAAAGACCCUACGGACUUCAGCUGCGGAAAGCGCAAGUUCAGCGCUGCGUGUAACUUCGGACACAUCCUGGUGAACCAGGAGCGGCUAAACAUCAACACAGCCACCGAGGAGGAACUCAUGACUUUACCGGGAGUCAACCGUAGUGUUGCACAGAAUAUCGUUGAGUACCGAGACUGUAUCGGUGGGUUUAAAAAGGUGGAGGACUUGGCUUUGGUGAGCGGGAUCGGCGCCACCAAACUGGAGGCGAUCAAACUGGAAAUAUGCGUGUCCAGUAGAACCAGUUCGUCCCAGCACUCACCGUCGUCCCUGCGCAAAGACCUGGAACACCAGUCCUGCACAGGGAUCAACAUUAACACCGCCACUGCUGCGCAACUCAUGAGCAUCCGCGGCAUCACAGAGAAGAUAGCCAAGAACGUCGUGAUCUACCGCGAGGAGCACGGCCCGUUCAAAGGCAUCGAGGACCUGGUGAGAGUGAACCACAUCAACAGCUCCUUGUUGGAUAAGAUCCGCUUCCAGGUGUUCGUGGAGCGGUCCCGGGCGCCGUCUCCAAGCACCAACAGAGGUUUGGCCAACAGCACCAAGUCUCAUCCCAGUCCGACAUCACUUAGCAUCGGGAGCGACGACCUGGAUCUCCCACCUGGGGGACCGACCCAAAUGAUUUCUGUAAGACCGAACGUAGAGCCCCCACCCGGUCUGCGGGACGGGAAGUCCGUGGUGCGCCUGGCCACCUGGAGCCUGGACGGCUGUUCAUGUGACAAGGCGAACAACCCUGGGGUCAAAGAAGUGGUGUGCAUGACCCUGCUGGAGAAUGACAUCAAGUUACUGGCAGUGCAGGACCUGCUGGAAAGGGAGGCUCUGGACAAGUUUUGCAUGGAAUUGAACCAAGGGACACUAGCAAACGUGCGGAAGUGGAAAUGGCCACGAGGACUAUGGAAAAGUGUUGUGUCUGAAAAACCCACUGGGUUCUCAAACAAGAUCCUGUGUUCCCAGGGAGUAAGCUACUCUGGCUUUUUGUGGGACAGCUCAUCUGGUAUUGACCUAAGGAACACUGUACUCCUCGAGUCUCCUGCUGUCGACAGGAAUUCCACCUCCUCUCCCCUCUACCUGGCUAACUUUUUUGUUGGUUCAUACAAGCUGACAUUGGUGAACAUCCACAUACCAGCCACAGCCUCACCAGUACCAUCCAAUGGCAAUAACCACAUUACAGGUGAUGCCAAGUGUCAGCACCUCUCCCAUAGCAUCCAAGAAAUGCUAAAAGUUGAGAAGGACCUGGUGGUGUUAGGAGAUUUUGGCACCUCUCCUCAGAGCUCAGAGUGGGACAUGCUAAGGAAGGAGAAACUUUGUGCACUGGUACUAUCCAAUGAGUUCACAAACAUCACCACCCGCUCCCCACAGGGCACUCACUGUCUGGACAACAUCUGGGUCAGCCGCUCCCUAAAGAAGACUUUCUCUGGCCACUGCAAAAUAGUGCGGCAGGGCUUGACUAAUCCAUGGAUACCAGACAACUGGUCGUGGGGUGGUGUAGCAUCAGAUCACUGCCCCGUGGUUGCAGAGUUUUAUACAGAUGUCUUCUCUAAAGGUUUGAAUAAACCUGGUAUGGCAGUGGUGGACAGAGAUGAUAUAAUCCCCAAACACGAGCGGUGACGACAUCUGAGUCACACAAGACAUAGAACUAAAUAAGAGAAGAAUCAUUUUGUGAAGACAGAGUUUACUGCUGAAUGAACUAUUAAAAUUCUCUUGGGGGUUUUAGUUUAGAACUGUAUAAUAAUUGUCAGAAACAUUAAUGUACAUCGUAAAUGCAAUUUAAAAAAGUGCCAAACAUUUUCUGUAUGUAUAUGAAAUAAAUACUAAUGUUCAA